AUGCGCGGUGCGAAGCCGCGCGUAUCGGCAGUGCUGGGAUGGGUCUGCGCGGCGUUUUUCGCGGGCCUGUGGCUGUACGACGCCGGGGCGGGGGAGCAGUGCUCUGCGGGCAAGCUGGCAGCCGUCAUGCGGGCCCCGAAGGACCUGAGGAUGGACUGGAGCGCGCUGGGGACGUCGAGCUCGCAGCCAGUACGCGCUACGAACUUCCUGGCGCCCGCAAUGCACUACAACCACGACCCUGCGAUCACCGCACUCUCCCCGUGGCAAGGCAACGUGCCGUGCGACGGCGUGGCGAACUGGGUCGGGGUGGUGACGGAAAUCAGCACCUUCUGCCUCGUCAAAGACGACCACGGGUUCGCGUACGGCCCGUGGUACCUCCUCGACGAAGAGGAGGGGCCUCCUUUCAAGGCGGGACCCUUCACACACCAGUGGAACGUGUACCAGCAGAAGCACCAGGACUGCUACCAGGCGCUGCAGACCAUCAAAGACAGCGGUUGCGACGACCACUAUGCCGUCAAAACCGACUACCCAGGCGUCGACGAGGAGUACUGGGAGACCGCCGCGGUCCUCCGCGCCGUCGUUGACGUCCCCGCGGAGGCGGACGCGAUGCACAUGAUCGAGCUCGGCGCCGGCUGGGGCACCUGGACCUCCGCCGCUGCCGUCGCGCUGCGGCGGCUGCGCGGGCCGCAAGGCCCGGCGUUCUUCGGCACCGCGUUCGAGGUCGACCCGAGCUCGCUCGCGCGCCUGGAGCGCCACAUGCAGCGCAACGGCAUCCCGGCGUUCCGCGGCGCCGCCGCCGCCGCCGCGUUCGACACCCCCCCUGAGCGCGGCGAGGCCCGCGUCAAGGUCGUCGAACGGCUCCUGGACAACCUCGCCGACGCGUUCGACGAGCUCGCGGACGGCGCGAUCGUGGACGUCUUCCACAUGGACUGCCAGGGCUGCGAGUUCGUGCUGUUCGAUCCGAAGGACCGCGCGCUGAUCGAGGCGUUCCGCGCGCGCGUCCGCACCGCCGUUAUCGGGACGCAUAGCCACCAGGAGUGGUACCACCAGAUCCCCGGGACGCACCACAGCGACGUGACGCGGUUCUUCCACGAGGCCGGGUUCCGCGUGCGGACCGACAUCGACAACUACGGCCUCGAGUGCCAGCCGCGUUAUACCGACAUGGGACCGACGGUGAUCUGCGACGGCGUGCUGGUGGCGCACGGGCCGCUGAGCGCGCACUUCGAGGAGGAGUUCGCGCCGUACGAGACGUGGAGGACGCUGCGGACGCCGUGA